CCUGAGAUGGUGCUCUUAUAACAGAGAUAAACAUGUGGACUCUUUUGGCUUUAUUACAAAGACAUUGAAAAUUGUGCUAUUCCAGAAGGAUUGCAUGAAGAUGACUUUUGAAUGCAUCCUCAGUCUUAGAUGUAGGUGAGGCCUUGCUAAUUGUUGUUUGUUGAUGCUUGUACCCUCAUAAAAUAUUUUUUCAAGUAAAGACUUUGUUCAUUUAACAGGAAAGGUGAAAUAAAAGUAUAGCAGUUGAACUAUUACUGAUAAAUAAAAUCAUGGAAUACUAUAAAAAAUAUCCAAAAUUAUCCUCUCCAAACAUAGCAUUUAGUAUUUCCAUAUAUUUAUUAAUGAAGUGUAGCUAGCACUUUAAAGCCCUGAAAUUGAAAGCUAGUGGUCAGAGGCAUAGAUAGUUGAUAUUUACAUGCAUGCAUAUUGUAUUAGAUACUUUUCUCAUUGCUGUGAUAAAAUAUUUUGCAAAGGCAAUAUAAAAAGGCAGAGCUCAUUGUGACUUAUAGUUGAAGGUAGCUGGAUAUUAUAGAAGGGAAUGCAUGGCAAGUGGACUAUGAGGCAGCUGGUUGUACUGUGACUGAAGUCAGGAAGCAGAGAAGGGAUGUCUAUGCUCCACUCAUGGUCUCUUUUUUAUUGGUACAGACUCCACCCAUCAAAUGGUGCUACCUGGAGUUAGGGUAGUUUUCCAGCCUCAAUACACUCAAUGUAGAAACUUCCUCAAAGAUGCCUGAGGCUUGUCUCCUAGACAGCACCAUCCAGCAUGCUGUGAGACCAGACGGAACGGAGGAAAAGAAGAGGAAGGCAGCCCCACACACUCACUUCUUGAACAGGCAGCUCUGCCAAACUUCAUCUGGACCAUCAUGAACUAAAGAAAAUAAACUAUUGAACUGCUCCCUGAAAAGGUUGAUCAAGAAAUUGGAAUUUCUGGAGGCCAUGAUCAGUGGGAAAAGUGAAGGAAAACACCCAGAAGAAGAGGCUGAAAGUACAAGAGCCAGAGGGGAUGAUGGACACCAAGAAAACAAGGCCCUCUAAAUCAACAUGAACUCACAAAAACUGAAGCAGAAUGCAUAGGGCCUGCACAGGUCUGCACCAGGUCCUCAGCAUAUAUAUUUUGGCUGCCAAUUUAGUGUUGUUAUGAUAUUCCUAAAUGUGUGAACGAGUAGGUCUCUGAUUCUUGGCCCUUCUCUUGGGUUCCUUUCCUUCUAUUGGUUUGUCCUGUCUAAAUUUGAUGGGAAAGUUUUUGUUUUUUCUUAUAUUUUAUAUUGUUAUAUAUUUUAAAUAAUGAAUGAAAACCUAGACAUUAGAGUAAAGUGUAAAUUUAUACUUGCUGGGAGAACAAAAAUUAGUUUUCUCCAAUGGAGUGACACUGGGUAUAUCAUCCUCUUCAGGGCAGGCCUCAUGUUCAGGAGUAACUAACCAACAUAUAAUGGUCUUCACAGCUAUUUUGUGUGCUUUUAUUUGGUUACAGAUUUUUCUUUCUUUUUGGAUGUUGUUUUAUUUUGUUUUCUUGGGUUGGGGGAUUGUUGUAUUGGGUUUUUGUUUGUUUGUUUUGAGAAGGAACUUAAAGUUGGGUGGGUAGGGAGAGGAAGAAGAUUCGGAAGACUUGGGGAAGGGGAAGAAUAUGAUCAAAAUACAUUUAAAUUUAAAAUUUUAAAAUAAUAAAAUAUAAAAAACCUGAUAUGGGAAUCUUUUCUCCAACUGUUCUUUAAAAAUAGAAUAUUAACAUUUGAACUUUGUUGUUCUUAGAUUCAAUUCCUGACAGGAGAGCUUUUCAUGAUUCCAACUGAACUGUGAGGAAGGCAACAAAGAAGCCUUUUGGGGACGCUGUUUUCUGUUAGAUCUGAGGGUUUUCCUGGGAGUGGAGUGGACAGGGUGGCGGGUUGACAGAGACCUUUACUGUGGCUGUGUGCUGCCUGCACUUCAGCCUCCUGGGAGACACUGCCUCUGGGCAGACUCUGGGAGGCAGACCAGGCUGGCAGGCACCAAGGCUGCAGCAUCCUCCAGCAGGCAGUGGCGUUCUACCCUGACCUUCCCAGGAAACACAGAUCUUUUCUGGGACCAGCCAGGUAAGAUAAAGAUUGUGCUGGUAGUCCUAUUAUCUAGCAGAAACGUGCCUCUGUAGAAUUCGGUGGGGUGACCUGAGUGUGUCCUGGUGCUCUAAAACAGGGCGUAGGGUAAAUGUACAUGUUCUUAGGAGUUAGAGGCUUCUGCGCGGUACUUUGAUGUAUUCAGUGGGCUGGAAUCAGAUUUCCACAGGUGGAGGCAAGAGCUUGGGAACCUGCAGCCACCUCCAACACUGGACCUCGCGUCUCCCUAAAGCCACACAUCCAGGAAUCUAACCUGUGUUUUUAAUUCUGCUUAGCCUGGGACUCCCGGCGACAGUGGGCUGAGUAGCUUGCGGGGAACGCCCCUCCGGUGCACACACAGCCAGAGAAAGGUUCAGAGACUUUGGCAGUGCCCGGGUGCAGAUCCCUGUCAACGCAGACUUACGGAGUCGGGUCUCGCAGGACUGCUGAGUGAAAUUGGGGUGGCCGCCGGGUCUCCUGCAGUGGCCAAGAUGUACAACUUGUCGCUCUCCGAGCCUGGCGGGGACAAUGUGUCCUGCGGCGGCUUGACUCUGGGCUGUCCCAACGGGUCGAGCCCUGCGCCUCUGCCGCUGCCGCAGCCACUGGCGGUAGCAGUACCUGUCGUCUACGCGGUAAUCUGCGCGGUGGGACUGGCGGGCAACUCAGCGGUGUUGUACGUGCUGCUGCGCGCGCCGCGAAUGAAGACUGUCACCAACGUGUUCAUCCUCAACCUGGCUAUCGCCGACGAGCUCUUCACCCUCGUGCUGCCCAUCAACAUCGCCGACUUCCUGCUGAGGCGCUGGCCCUUCGGGGAGGUCAUGUGCAAGCUCAUCGUGGCCGUCGACCAGUACAACACAUUCUCUAGCCUCUACUUCCUCACCGUAAUGAGCGCGGACCGCUACCUGGUGGUGUUGGCCACAGCCGAGUCGCGCCGGGUGUCGGGGCGCACUUACGGUGCUGCGCGCGCUGUCAGCCUGGCGGUGUGGGCGCUAGUGACUCUGGUCGUGCUGCCCUUCGCGGUGUUCGCCCGGCUGGACGAGGAGCAGGGCCGACGCCAGUGCGUGCUGGUCUUCCCGCAGCCAGAAGCCUUCUGGUGGCGUGCCAGCCGCCUGUACACACUGGUCCUGGGCUUCGCCAUCCCGGUCUCCACCAUCUGCGCCCUCUAUACCACCCUGCUGUGCCGGCUGCGUGCCAUCCAGCUAGACAGCCAUGCCAAAGCCCUGGACCGAGCCAAGAAGCGUGUGACCUUGUUGGUGGCGGCGAUCCUGGCUGUGUGCCUCAUCUGCUGGACGCCUUACCACCUGAGCACCAUAGUGGCGCUCACCACCGACCUGCCGCAAACGCCGCUGGUCAUUGGCAUCUCUUACUUCAUCACCAGCCUGAGCUAUGCCAACAGCUGCCUCAAUCCCUUCCUCUAUGCCUUCUUGGAUGACAGCUUCCGCAGGAGCCUUCGGCAGCUGGUGUCCUGCCGUGCCGCCUGAUGCCCUCUGGACCCGAGGCAGCAAUGCCAUCGGGGUUCAGGGGAACCCCGGGAGUUCAGUUCCCAAGCAGCAGCCCCGACGUCCUGUCCUGAGGCCCCUUCCUGGCAUGCAGAACCGCAGACUCUACUCAGAACUGUGUGAUUCCGGAUUUGCUCAGCCCCGAGGUGAGGUAGAGGAUAGGUUGGUUGGGUAAGGACACAGCACUGCUUUCUCCUUACAGCUAAGUGCAGAGCUUGACCCUGAACUUAGGGUGAGUGACUUAAGCAGUGUUGUUGAAACGUGAGUCUAAUUUUCCCGAUGUCUUAGGCGCCCCCCUCCAGCGUCUCAGCGCUUGCUGUGUAUUUUGCUUCUUUGCCUUCCACAACAGAUGCCCGUGCUGUUGGUCACGCCGGUAAACAGCCUGUCCUGACCCUUCUUAGGUGCAUUCUAACUGCCUGGUAACAGGGUUAAGGCCAUGCCUCACUGGAGAUGUUGGGGGUGGGCGUGGGGGUGGUGAAGGAGGCUGGAGCCUGGCUAUGACUGACAAGAAUAAAGAUAAUCACCUACCCAGUUUCCCCGACAACCUUUCUUCUUUCCAACCUCUGGUUUCACCCUAAAGACGAUCACAGAGGCUGCAAGGGCCAAGAGUUCAGAGAAAUCACCAGAGCCAGGUUCCAGCGCCCUCUUGAGGAGCCAGGUAUCCAGCGAGUUUCUGAGAGCUGCUUCUGUAGUGGGGUGCACCAGUCAACAGCUCUUAACAACAUAUUGGUCCUUUGGGGUUUCUGUAAAGUACUCCAAAGCAUCCCUCAUGGACUUCACCGGUCUCAUACGACUUGGACCAUUGCAAUUGUUUGUGUGCGCAGUUUUUGAGGAGAAAGAACUCUAUAAAUAAUACAUGUGUCUUAAUCUCAUAGGCUACUUAGAGGACUGUAAAAAAUAAAAAUGCAACUUGUUCCAUCCUUGGUUCCACUUCCUGACUAUUCUUCCAGGAUCUCCCUUCAGUGACAGCCCCAAGUGGGACCCGCCUCACACCCCAAGCUUUUUCUUGGCUAGACCCUUGCGUACACUCUAACCACAGGGAAGUCCUAAGCUUUGUUCAAUUCUCCGGGUUUGCCUCUGGAAGCCCUGGGAACAUCUGUCUCUGAUUUCCCAUGGGGAUCAGCUGGUACCUGCUUUUAUAUCUUUUAUCUCUACCUGUGAAAGACAAAACUGGAGGAGGAGUCUGACCAGUCCUCUGCAGUUCACACCUCAGACACAAGGCCUGGGGUAACCAGACCCAUCAGUCACUGCACUGUCUUACAUGGUGUCUUUAGGAUGAAUGACAGGAAGGAAUGAUAUGAUUUUAAAGUUUGUUUCCUAUAGGAAAGUUCUCUUUCAUGCGUAUUACGAGUGUUGCCAGCAGAUUUUGUUUAUCCAGUUUGGCAUUUAAGCCAGUUUCUCAGUUAUUCACAUUCAAAAUACCCUUCAAAAAUAUGCAGAAGGAGGGAGCCCAAGCUCCUCUCUGAUUUUGGUGAAUGAGAAUUGGUUCUUUAGUUCUUAGGGUUGUGGGAAAAUUAAGAUAAUUUUCAAGUAUUAGUUGAGAAAGUGAAUCUAAGGCUGUGUGUCUUGAGUGCAAAUAACAGUAAAUUGUUCAAAAUAAAGCUUUCCAACAGUCAUGCCUUUGAAUGAUGGCUAUCCCGGACUCAGAAUCAGCCUCUGCUGAGCCUUCAGAGGUGUCUGGAAUGUGUUCAAAUAGUCUUCAAAUUUCUGAGUAGCAUUCCACAGAUAUUUCUUUAAAACUUAAUUCUUGUAUGAGUGCUCUGUAAUUUUUCAAAAAUAGUGUUUUAAAACUUAUCGACUUUUAGAUUGUCCAGGAUGAUGGAUAAAUGACAUAGUGGAAGUUUGACUGCAGAUGCCAAGAACUGUCACUUUAAUUGGAAAUUCAGUCUUCAUAAACGCAGCAACAACACAGAUCAGAGGGAGGUCCACGAAGUUUUCUGUCUAUUGUAUCACCCCUACCUGAGAUGGACCUGUGUAUGUCCUGUAGUCUCUGGAUGCUGCUGGGAAAACACAGGUAUGAGUAUUAUUUUGUCCCUCACAGCCAGGUACAGACACUGAAAACCUAGUUUUCAGGAAGAGGACUCAGUAUCAAUGUCACUUUCUAAGUCCCUGGUAAUCACUGUAUCACCUCUAGGCCACCACUAUUUUUGUGAGAUUUGGGAGUCCAGACAGUAUGUCUUAUAACUACCUUCUAUGUCUUAGGAAAUACAUAGAGGAAAUAAGCAAACAAAUCAGACAGGAAUAAAAUUUAUAAUUCCAUGUUAAUUCUUACAGUCUUUGUGUAAACUAUGCUGUUUGGCUUUACCCUUCUAACAUUUAAAAGUGUAAAUUUGGUUUAUUAAAUUUAGUGUAAUUGUAAAAUGUGGGUUUUAUGCUUUCUCAAGAAAUGCAGAAAUUUGCUAAUCAACUGCAGAUUUCAGUCUAGAAUAAAAGCUGAAACAUUC